GAUUUGAAUAACCAUUAGGACAUCUUAUUCAUAUCUGAGAACAAAGAUUCAAGGGGAAAAAGUCUCCUAAUUUGAACAAAAUCACGAAAAACUUGAAGAGGAAGCUCAGUCUUGAGACUUGAGGCUUUGCUUAGAUUAGAAUAAAAGCUAGAUCCUUACACCCACAUACACGCACCCCACUCUAUUGUCAAAAAAUGUAUUAAAACAAUUAGAGAGAGAGAGAGAGAGAGAGAGAGCUAUAUAGCUUUCACGUCAAUCUUUCUCUGAUGACAAAAAUUCAUAACACUAAUGUAUUGCUUCGUGACUGACUUCACCACUCAACCACCUCUGAAAGUACCCUCUCACCCAUUGAAGGAUCAUCACCACAUUCCCACUACUAUUACUCUCUUGUGUCUCCAAGGAAUAGGAUUAACCCGUUCUCAUUGUCGUGACGAUCGACCCCUUUUUCUCUCUCCAUCUUGCAGUGUUCGGUGUUGCAGAGCAUCGGAACAUGGCUAAGAGAUCAGAUUUUGCACAGAAGCUGCUUGAUGAUUUGCGGCUGAGAAAAGAACGCAUGGCUGCUUCCCAGUCUCAGAGGUCAACCCAAUCCAAUCAGCUUCCUAUAGAUGCAUAUACCUACUCGAAGCAAACAUACAGAGGAUCCAGGAAUACGAAAGCUGGUGAAGCUGUUAGUUCCAGAACUGGAGACAUGCUAAGCAGGCCUAGUAGCAGAAGCCAUAAAACAUCAAACAUUGGAGAAUCGUCCGAUCAGAUUGUUGUGUACGGAAGAGGUCAGAGCUCAGUGCAAUUGAAUGAUAUAUCCCUUGCUCUGGCUUAUGCAUUUGAGAAUGGAGGAAAACUGAGAAGAGCUGAUUCUUCUUUCGCUAGUUCAAUGAUGGGUUUCCUUCACCAGAUUAAAAGGGGAACGGGGGAGUACAGCAAGAUGGGAAGAGGAAGCAAUCUGGAGACGCAAUUGGCUGCAGCAAACCACUUCCCUACUUUCUCUCCUGGGCAGAUCAAUGAGAUAUCCAAAGGCGUACAGAAGUUAAACCAGAUAUUGAGAGCCUGCUCCAAUGGUGUUCUUAACAUGGAUAGAUACUCAAUAGAAUUUGCAAAGGAACUAUUACAAGGAGCUAUGGAUUUGGAAGAGUCUCUGAGGAUAUUAGUAGACCUGCAGAAAAGUUCAGAUCCCAUGAAGAACUCACAGAAGAAAAAUCGGAUUACAUUGAUAGAGGAGGACAAUGAUGAUUAUAGUGAUGACAGAACAAUCGUGGCUUCUGAGCAAAGACAACUGGCACCACCAACAUUCUCCUUCGACAAGUCCUCGAGGCAUUCUCAUAAUGUUCAAGAUGUUGGAAAGACUAGUUUGAUGCAGAGGCAACUUGCUCUUACUUACUCUAAGGAACACAGAAACUCCAGUAAUGAAAAGCAAGCUGUUAACAUGUCAAAAUUGCUUCCCCAUAGGCAAUCAACUAGCUCCAUUCCUGACAAUAAGAAUUUCAACGCCCUUUCAGGACAGAAAAAUCAGUCAGCUUCAAUGAAAUCCAAUAAGAGAAGGCCAGGAUUCCAAAUGUAA